AUGUUCUCCAUUUUAGGAGCUGGAAUCAGAAGUCAAGCAGGGCAGGAGUAUACUAUUACCAUGUCACCUUCUGUCUCUGUGCAGCGUGGUUUCGCUGUUUAUAUUCCAUGCCAGUUCACUUAUAACCAGGGAGACCUGUCAAGGAAUGAGAAAGUAGUGGCUUAUUGGAUUAAGCAUUCGCCACAACAUCAUUCCUGUUCUCCAUCAUCUCAGCCAGACUGUUUGCCUGUAGCUACCAAUGACCAAAACCAGAUAGUCGAACGUUCGGCCAAGGAUCGCUUCUAUUUAUUUGGAGAUCCAAGGAAAGGAAAUUGCUCACUGGUCAUCAGGGAUGCUCGCAUAGAAGAUGAAGGGCAGUACUACUUGAGAAUUGAGGGGAAACGGUACUUAAAAUUUUCUUUUCUCCAAGGAAAUGGGAAUACUUCACCUUAUGUUCAUGUGAUAGAACCACCCCAGAAAGUCAAUAUCACAGUGGACAUCACAGACUCGAGACAACUCGGCUUACCAGAAAGGAAAGAGGGAGUCAACCAUGUAACAGUCAAGGAAGGAAACACUGUCACCCUGAUCUGCACUGCUGAUGGUAGACCACCUCCCAAUCUAUCCUGGAUGAAGGAGAACCAGAAAGUUGGUGAACCCACAGGUUACCUUCAGCUGCGUGAAAUUGGACCAGAGGAUGCUGGAAAAUAUCAAUGCCUGGCAAAUAGUCAGCACGGAUCACUCAAGACGAUGGUUGAAGUGAUUGUCCAGUAUCAUCCAAAGAUGCCGGUUUUCAACAUCUCCCAAACUCACAGGAGAGGCUCCAUACUCACUCAAGGUUGCUCCAAGGAGCUGGCCAGUGACUCUGAGUUGACAGCCCAAGAAGGUGACUCAUUGGAGGUGUUCUGCAAAGCAGAUAGCAAUCCUCCAGCUGCAACUAGUUGGGUGAAAGGGGACAGCCCCUUGCAGAAGCCUCUAGAUAACCAAUUGAGACUGACCAAUCUGACAGUUGCAGAUGAGGGUGUCUAUGUGUGCAAAGCUACAAACAUGUUUGGCGGUAUUCAGAGGACCUUCUGGCUAUCUGUAACAUAUGCCCCAAAGCUCAGCAGGAGCCCCCAGAAAAAUACAACCUGUUCUUACCAUGACAAUGGUUUCCUGUGUGUUUGUACCUUGCAUGCUAAACCCCCUCCCCGGAUCGAGUGGGAGGUGGAUGGGGAGAGGAUAACCGAGGAGAGAAGGAGGAGAGAAAACCUGACCGUCCAAGCGCUAGUCCAGAAGAAUGAGGUCACCAGUACUUUAAAGUGGACGGGCAGCCUGGAUAGAGCCCAUAAUAUUAUCUGCAUGGGGAGCAAUUCUUAUGGAAUCCAAAACAUACCAUUCCUUUUGGAUGCCCAGCGACACCCAACUUCAGAGUCUUCCAUAGAAAGAUCUUUGUUCGUUGCUGGGAUAUGUGGAAUUUUUCUGGGAGCUGGAAUCCUCAUGUUGUGUUUAUUCCUGAUCAGGGUUUUUAAGAAGAAGAAAGCAUUGCUUGAAGCUAGCCAUGUCGAAGGAACCCCUUCUAGAAGAGAACCUCAGGAGGAAUCCAAGAAUUCCACCCAUAUCUACGGCAAUAUUUUCCCGAUGGCUCCAAGAUUAUCCUGGGUCAAUAAGUCAAAACCUGCUCAAGAAAGGAAGCCCAAAGUACCCCAGGGGUCCACUGUUCCAGCCCCAAGGAGAUCAGAGCCACCUGAAUUGCAAUAUGCUGCCAUAGAUUUCAAGCCGAAAAGUAAAGGCGUUCCAGCCUUAAGCAACGAUGAUGUGGAAUAUUCAUCCAUCCAAAGAAAAUAAAGUCCUUGGGAAGAAACAGAAGAGAAAGCGGAUUGACGUUUUUUUGAACUUCAGUGCUGACUCCUGAAGAUAACCAUGGAUAGCCAAGAAAUAAAUCAUGAAACAAAUCAGUCGGUCAUUCAAGCCACAAAAUAAUCAGUCUCAGAUUAUCUAUUUCAGACCCAUUAUAAGAAGGCCCAGCUCUCUGUAGAAGGCUGUAAUGCUGGGAAAGGAGGAAGGAAAGAGAAGAAGAGGAUAACCAGCAGCAAGGGGGAUGGAUUCGGUCAUAGUGGCAAUGGGGCUACUUAAGGACAGAAAGUUUAUCUAUGUGGUUGCUAAGAACUGACACUGACUUGAUACGUAAUUAAUUGAUCAUUCCUAAGAAACUCCACAUAUAACGAGGAUAGGGCUACCAGAUCAAAACUGAGAUAAUCGACAUACACCUACAUCCAUACAUAGUGUGCAUAUUAUAUACGUACUACUAAAACAUUUGUGUCUCUUUGUCUAUAUAUUUCCAUUGGGUGAAGUGGUGCAUCGCAGAGCAACAAUUUUGGAACUAAGGUGCCUCAAAUGGCCCAACGUACAGAACAGGUCCAAAAUCCAGGACCUAAGAUUCCUGUAGGAUUGAAAUUUGACAAAUUUGUGGCUGCUGCACCACCAUGCUGUUAACCAAAGGUUCAGUAGAUUGGCCUCCUCCGUUGGCUUUGGAAUGGGUCUACUCCCCAUGGCCAACUCACCGUGACCAAUUUCUCAUGACCAACUCACCGCAGAAAAUGCCGCAGCCAUAU